AUGUCCACCUGCCGCCAGAGCAAGACAUCGAAGAGCGAUGCUGCGGGCCGGAGCAAGUCAAAGAGAUCAUCAGAGCAGGUUGUUGCGGACACACCCGUGAAGAAGGAUGAUGAGCAGAAAAAAAAACUGUAUGAGAGCCGAAGAAAAAAUCUUAGAUAUCGUUUGAGUGCUGAAGACUACCAAAAGAUCCAGGGCUAUGAUGAUCUGCAGAAGCAGCUGGAUGAGGCGAAGGCGCUGUUGGCCCAAUGUCAGGACCCGCAAGGAUUGGUGAAGAGUUUGCAGGAAUCCGCUGAGCGCAUACGGCUUCUCGAAAAAGAGAAUGUGGACUUGCCUCGGAUUUUGACAAACUAUGUCUCGAACCCUGCUAUGCUUCCUUGCAGAGCUGCAGAUGCCUCAAUCAAAAGGGAGGUUCUAGUCAAGAGGGAGGUUGGUGAGCCUUCCGUGACUAUGGGAUGGAAAACCUGUGACAAGAAGGAUCGCGCUUCUGGGGAGGGCUGCCUGGCAGAAUUUGCGAUCCCCAACCAGAUCCGGGAUCGCGCUUCUGGGGAGGGCUGCCUGGCAGAAUUUGCGAUCCCCAACCAGAUCCGGGAUCGCGCUUCUGGGGAGGGCUGCCUGGCAGAAUUUGCGAUCCCCAACCAGAUCCGGGAUCGCGUUGCCUAUUUGAAAUUGUAA